AUGAUUUACUCAUAUUUCAUUAAUCUACUAGCGAUAGGUAUAUCAUUCACGUAGUGAUAUUUAGUUACGUGAUUUGUUUCUUUUCACAGAAGAUUCAUGUUGCUUUGGUCUUAUGGCGUGGUGAUGUUUAAAACAGUGAAAAUGCUGUGGGUAUCCAAUAUAUAUGUCAUAAACUUGGAUAAACUCAUAGAUAAGUCAGAUACAUGUUGGAUUAGUAUUUAUGGUGUUUGAAAGAGUUACAUGUAAAUGCUGAUGUUGUCCAACAUAUAUUCCCUAUAGCUAUACCCUACUACAAUGGAAGUUUGUGCUAUUUGUGAAAAAUCUUUCACUGACACUGAUGAUACUGCCGUUUUAAGAGAAAAGGGAAGCCACGGCAUCAACCAGAUAAGUGCUUUGAAAAAGGAUACAGUAAAACCAACUGCCGGACAAAAAGUACACACAGAUUGCAGAAAGAAGUACGCUGACAAAAGACAUGUAUUGACUGAAUUAGAUGCACAUACUAAUGAAACUAGGUUACUAAGAUCUGGUAAUGAUUUUGAUUUUAAGCAUAAAUGUCUUUUUUGUGGAAAAGAUGCAAAAAACUCAUCCAGAAAACGUGGACAUGAUGUAUUUCCAGUGAGAAGCACUGACUUUCAGUCAACAAUAAAAGAAAUAUGUGCACAAAGAAAUGAUAAGUGGGCCGACAUUGUUGCAUGUAGAUUAGUAUAUGUCAUUGAUUUGUUUGCUGCAGAUGCAGUGUACCACCAGUCAUGUAAUGUUAAUUUCAGAACCGGUAGACAAAUUCCAAAAGCGUUUCAAGAUAUUCCUGCUAAAAGUCCAAUAGGAAGACCAUAUAGAGAAACAAAUGAUAGAUUUAUGGCUGUAGUUGAGUACAUAGAAGAUAGUGAAGAUGUUGUUACUGUAACAGAACUUGUUCAAGUGAUGGAGAAAGAGUGUGGAGAAAAUGCAUAUUCAGCGAAGCAUAUGAAAAGGAAAUUAGUAGAGUAUUUCGGUGACGCUUUAGUUAUUAGCAGUAAAGAAGGACAGGUUGACAAAUUUACUCUAAGGCAAACAGCAUCUUCAAUUUUACAUAGUUUUGAAGAAAACAAAAGACAAAGAACUGAAGAGGAAGAAAAAACAAGACUUAUCAAAACAGUCCCAAAGUUGAUUAAAUCGGAUAUUCUAGACAUCCCUGCUGAUAAUAAUGUCUAUCCAUCACCAGACUCAAUUGGUUCAAGUGACAAAAAUAGAUGUUUCAUUCCACAGAGCUUACUUUUACUUCUUAACUUGCUGUUCAGUGAAAAAGACAAAGAUGUAAAGAUUGCAUCUAUAGGACAAGCAAUUAUACAAAGUUGUAGACCCAGGAGUAUCCAAGCCCCUCUACAGAUUGGUCUAGCAGUGCAAUUAUACCACCAUUUUGGUUCCAGAUUUUUGAUUGAUAAUCUGAAUAGUAUGGGAUUUUGUUCGUCAUACUGGGAAGUGCAAAAGUUUGAGUCAAAUUCAGCUGCUAUGUUGAAUACAAGUAUGCCAUCUUUCUUCCCUGGAUCAUUUGUUCAGUUUUCUGCUGAUAAUGUGGAUCAUAAUGUAAGAACAUUACAUGGAAGCAACACCUUCCAUGGGAUGGGAAUUAUUGCAUGUAAUACCCCAGGUACACAAGUUCAUGCGCGUAUUCCUCGCAGAGAUAUAAGUAUGGAUGAAGUAGUGGAACUUGGAAGAAUUGAAAUCAAGUAUUUUAAAGAACCUGAACACGAAUUUAAAGCAGAUGUGUUUCACAACCUUGCAGAGCUUGAUGCGACAAACACCCACAGUAAAGAUAGAGUAUUUGACAUAUUUUCAAAUAUUGUACAUCCAAUGCGACCAGCUAGACCAAAUUUGUCAGGAUUUAUGCACCUGUAUGAAAAGAAACAGAAAUUUUUUCCAAAGUCAACCACAACAUUCCUUUCUAUGAUAGGUAUGCCACCUAGUGAUUUGUCUUGCAUAACUUCUACCUUACACUUCGUUGCCAAAGUAAGUAGGACGUAUGAUGUUACACCAGUGCUUACAUUUGAUCAGCCAUUAUUUCAGAAAGCUACAUAUAUACUUGAUACUGUACAACCAUCAAGCCCGAUUAAAAAUGUUGUUCUUCGUCUAGGUGGUUUCCACACUCAGAUGAGCUUUCUGGGAUGCAUAGGACAUUUGAUGAGUGGUUCAGGUUUGAGAGAGGUGUUAGAAACUGUAUAUUCUUCCAAUGCAGUAGUAUAUAUGUUGACCGGAAAAGCAGUAGCAAGAGCUGUAAGAGGACAUUUCAUGGUUGAUACAGCACUGCACACUCUUUUACUAUCAUCUGCUUUAAACAUUCACUACAUUUCACCCAUCCAAGAAGACGAAACACAAGUAUCUCAACAUACAGGACUUGGAAAUGUUUUCAUGAAACACAAUGCUACUCUCACACUGAAACAGUCGGAAGAUGAAAUGAUAUCUGAAGAGUCUUCGCUGUCAGAUGGAAUUCGGAGCAUUACAAAGAUAGACAUAGAUAAUUCUUCAAAAGAGUCGAGUUUUUCAUUUUGUGUUGCUAAUUCAGAGCAAGACACUUCUUUGGUAUCAGUCAGUGAAAAGCAGCAGUCUGGAAAUGAGCAGUUAAUGCAGAGGAUUGUAGAAUUGUAUGACAAGAUGGAGUCAAAACAAAUUCUAAAAGAUGCUAUAUGUGAAGAUGAUAGUUUGCAAUCUGUGUGUGAAAUACUGACACUUAAGACAGAUUACCUAAAAGGAUAUCGCACAGCAAGACUCUGGAUCCAGUACAUGGAGAUGAUUACAAUAUUGCGUGAUUUCAUAAGAGCUGAACGGACAAGCAACUGGUAUGACCAUUUACGAUCUGUCUUCAGAAUGCUUCCAUUCUUUGCUGCAUCUGGACACAAUCUUUACUUAAAGUCGGCAUACAUAUAUCUACAAAAAAUGUUGCAGUUGAAGGCAAGUCAUCCUGAAGUACAUGAAGCGUUCGUCUCCGGCUUCCAUUCUGUGCGGAGAACAGACAAAUUUUGGGCUGGAUUAUCAACAGAUCUAAUUAUAGAACAAGUAUUAAUGAGAUCUCUUAAAACCACAGGAGGACUGACAAGAGGUAGAGGCAUAAGUGAGAAUCAAAGAACACUCUGGUUGAUGUCUAUGCCAGCCAAAGCAGAAGUGAAUAAUGCCAUGCUAGAUCUGUUGGGCAUGAACAAUCCUAAUGAUGGGCACAAAGAAAUUCGUAAAUCUAGAAUUGACAAGGACGCAAAAGAUACCAGUACCAUAAUGUCAUUUUUAAAGGAGAGAGAUCCCUUUAAUAGCUCUGAUUUAUCUUUACGUAACAUUGAAACUGGAUUAACAGCAGGGAGUAAAGUAACUGCUGAUCAGGCCAAUGAUAUUGGUAACAGUAUAAUUCAGAGAAUGAUGGGAAAACCCCUGAAUGACUUUUCAUUCCAGAGAUCUUGGCAAGCUGUCACAUUGUCUGAAAAAACAUCAAUUACACUGUCAGGAGAAAACAUCAACAUAGAUACCCAGCUACUUUUUCAAAGAUUAAUCACCGCUGCAGGAAGAUUAGUGGAUGACACACAAGGCCUUUUUACAUAUGAGUUAUGCAGUGUUCCAAGUUCACUUUUUGACAAUACUGGCAUGCCAAGGCAACCUACGAAAUCUCUUCUUGCUAAAAGUAUGUGGAAAUUGGGGGACUGCAGUGCAACAAACAUUCCGAAUUCAGGCGACUGUGCUUAUGUCAUUGAUGGAGGUUCUCUUUUACAAAGGAUUCCAUGGCAGAAAGGCAUGUCAUUUGGAUCUAUAUGUGAGGAAUACACCAAUUAUCUUAAACAGAGAUACAGGAAACCUGUUGUUGUUUUUGAUGGUUACAGCAACAGUCCAUCUACUAAAGAUUUAACACAUUUAAGGAGACAGAAAGGUGCAGUUGGAACUAAAGUUCUUUUUGCAAGAGCAACGCCAUGCAAAACAAACAAAGAAGUCUUUCUGCGGAAUACUGACAAUACGAAAAACUUCAUUGCGCUUCUCAGUGAAACAUUUGCCAAUCAUGGAAUACCUGUAAAACAAGCCACAAAUGAUGCUGAUUGCCUCAUUGUCAAAACUGCAGUGCAGUCAGCUGAAACAGACACUACAGUGGUUGUUGGAGAAGAUACAGAUUUGCUUGUGUUACUGUGUUACCAUGUUGAUGGAAUAAAACAUGGUGUGUAUUUUCGAUCAGAUUCAAGACCGAAACGAGGGAAAGGCAAAAGGGUAUGGGAUAUACAGAAGACAAAACAAAUACUGGGACAAGAUGUCUGUAGUCUACUUCCCUUUAUUCAUGCACUGACAGAAUGCGACACAACUUCAAAAGUACAUGGCAUCGGCAAAGCCUCAGCUCUUAAAGUUUUGUGCACAAAGCAGAAUUUCAGGGAUAAUGCAUUAAUGUUCAUCAAUGCAGAAAUAAAAGACGAUGUAAAGAAGUUAGGUGAAUAUGCGAUGAUCUGUUUGUUUGAAGGGGGAACUUCUGAAAGUUUGGAUCACCUUCGUUUUCAGAAAUUUGCUAGGAAAGUUUCAUGUAGCACAAGCUUUGUGGAAGUGCAUAGUCUACCUCCCACCAGUUCUGCUGCGGCGUUUCAUAGUAUGAGAGUUUAUUGGCAAACCCAUACAUGGAUGGGAAAUGAAAAUCUUGAUCCUUUGGAAUGGGGUUGGGAGGUGUCUGACAACAUUUUAAGCCCAGUCAAAAUGACUUUGCCGCCAGCACCAGAAUAUUUGCUUAAAGUCAUCCGAUGCAGCUGUAAAACAGGAUGUGACAGCAAACGUUGUACUUGCAGGAAACACGGUUUAGAAUGUUCUGUGGGAUGUGGAAUUUGCCGUGGAGUCAGUUGUUCAAAUUCUCCUACAUUAACGGAACUUACUGCAGAAGAUGAAGACAGUUAUGAUGAAAUGUAAAUAAUUGUGGAGUUUUAUUGCUAUACUUUGAUUAUUUUGUUGCAGUACUGAACUUUGGUUUUAGUGUUACAGUACUGUAAUUCAAUGGUUAUCAUGUUGCAGUACUAUACUUUGAGUAUGGUUUUGAAGUGUUGCAAACCUAUACUUUGAUUAUGAUGUUGCAGUAAUGAACUUUGAUAAUGAUGUUGUAGUACUUUACUUUGACUGCCACGUUGCAGUACUAUUCUUUGACCAUGGUUUUCCAGAACUAAAACUUUAUGUUGUUGCAGUACUGUGCAUUGAUUAUGAUCUUGCAGUACACUGUGCAUUGUACUAUAGUUUGAUAAUGGUGUUGCAGUUAUAUACUUCGAUACUUUAAGUGUUGCAGUACAUAGUACUAUACUUUGAUUAUGAUGUUGCGGUACUAUACUCUGAUUAUGAUGUUGCUCUUCUAUACAUUGAUUAUGCUGUUGAAGUACUAUACUUUAAUUAUGGUGUUGCAGUACACUGUACACAGUAUUAUACUUUAAUUAGGGUAUUGCAGUACUAAAUUUUUAUUAUCUUGUUGCAGUACUUUACUUUAUUAUGAUGUUAAAGUUAUAUACUUUGAUUAUGGUACUGUAGUAUUAAAGUUUCAUUAUGGUGUUGCAGUACUUUACUUUGAUUUUGCUAUAGCAACUGAACUCAAAUUUUCUUGCCGUCAAUUUUGUCUCAUUGAAUAAGAAUUUCAGAAAAUCUGUAACAUACUGAUAGUAAUGUUGUUAUGUAAUAUUAAAUAGCGGCUUAUCUUUUGUAUGAAUAUGUGUAAUAUUUAAUCAUUUUAUAGAUAUUAUAUCCUUAAUGCCAUUUUGUAGAUUAACAUUAAGCACAUGCAAAGAAAACAGUGUAGUUUAAGAAACAAUGUUAUUUCCAAUACGCAGCACCACUCUCUAUGUAAUUAAGGUAGAAUUGAUUAAACAUUAUAUUGUCUUAUAGUAAUGAAUUAGUUGUAUUAGAAAUGAAUAAAAAUAGGUAUGUUUAAACAUAUUUACCUGUAUAAAGAAGAUUUAUGUAGUUAUUUAUAUUUUAUUAUGAAAAUCGCGUGCGGUCCAAUUUUUUCAGAUCAGUUUAUCAAAAAUUCAAGUACACGAAGCUUU